UACAGCAGUGUGUAGUGAGGAUUGUUACAAGAUUUCGUUAAAUAAGGUCUAUUAUUGAAGACUAGUUAAUUCAGUCUGAAUAUAUAGACUACCAAUGUCAAUGCAUUAGGCCUGUACUGCUGUUAUCUUAGGUCAACAGAAGCCCCUUGUCUUAUAUAACAGAAGCCCCCUUGUUUUAUAGUGCUAAAUGAAAGUACUUUGCAUACAAUGUAUGGGUAUACAUUCUGUGUUUAGGCACUUGUGUUGUAGAUGUAUCGCAUAUUAUGUGUAGAGGCAGUAUAUCAUCAGUGUUCAAGUGAAUGUCUCAACAGUGAAGUUGCUAGUUGCAACCGUCUUCAUAAGUUUGAUUUCCAGUGAUUGUGGAGCAUUUUACAGACCCGAAUUGAUUGUUAUCUGAAGGUUGAGUGACCAUACGACCAGUGAAUAAACGACAGUUCGUGAACUUUAACUGAAUCUUCGUACCUCGUCAUUUCAAUCUUGUGAAUAACAACUUUAGGGUGUUAGUGUAAUUGUCGAAACUCCUCGGUUUACUAGUUGUAAACGGAGGCAGCCACAAUAACAAUCAACGUCUGUUAUUCGAAGUCGAAUAACAAGUGAAGUUCCACAAACAAAUGAAGCUGAAUGACAAUCAAGGAUCUGCAUGUGCAUCCAGUUAGCUGAACGGCAAAGUAGCCUGUGCAUCCAGUUAGCUGAACGGCAAAGUAGCCUGUGCAUCCAGUGAGCUGAAUGGCAAAGUAGCCUGUGUAUCCAGUUAGCUGAAUGGCAAAGUAGCCAUAGACGUAAACGAAAAGGAAUUGUAUAAGUUACCAUGGCAAUGGCCACUAGUCUCCCGGAGAAGUUGGAGCAGGGGAGCGUUAAAAGUAAGCGCUCCGUGCAAAGCGAAAGAGUUCUUCAAGCAUUCCAUGAUGAACUCCAGAUGAUGGACCAAGAGGAUGAACUCAAAAGAAUUGAGUUUGCCAGAAAACAAGAAGAAGCAAGAAUUGAGUUUGCCAGAAAACAAGAAGAAGCAAAUUCAAAAUUGAGAAAACUCAAGCUCACCAAGCAGUUCAAUGAGAGAAUGGCAGAACUUGAAGGAAGCAGGGAUGACAUUGAAUAUUCAGAGACCCAUUCUGUCAAAUUAGAUCUUCCUGAGGAGAAAAGGGAGGACUCCAUCCAGAGAUAUUUGCAAUCCCAAGAUAGUGUAGCACAGCAGAGCCCUCAACAGCCAAGGAGUUAUGUCACUCCUGUGUAUGAAUCAAAUGGGUUGCAAAAGGUAGCUGAAUCACUCGCAGAGGUAGCAAGGUCGAUGGCUAUACAAAGUGCUAGCUCUCGGCAGGUCGCUGUGACCAGUCAGUUGCCGCCCAUCGAUCUUCCCGUAUUCAGUGGAGACCCCCUCCAGUAUCCCCUCUGGAAAAAUGCAUUCGUGAGCCUCGUAGACAGGAAUCCAGUUGAUCAUCCUACAAAGCUUCAUUACCUGAAUAACUCUGUGGCUGGAGCACCAAAGAGGUUGGUGCAGCACUAUCUUCUUCUUGGCACUGAGGAUGCCUACCACAAAGCAUGUGGAGCACUCGCAGAACGAUACGGAAGCCAGAGCGUAGUGUCUACUGCCUUCACAAAGAAGUUGAACUCAUGGCCAAGGAUCAGCAACCAAGACUCUACAGGAUUGAGGGAUUUCGCAGAUUUCUUGAACCAGGUGGAAGCGGCGAAGGUGACAAUUUCAACACUUGAUAUUUUGGAUUUUCCCCAAGAAAACGUAAAGAUGUUGGAGAAGCUUCCAGCAUACCUCGCACGGAAAUGGCGUGACGAAGUUGACAGGUGGCAACGUUGUGGACUUGGUAGCUAUCCAACAUUCGCAAGAUUUGCAGAAUUCGUCAACGACGCAGCACGCAAGGCCAGCAUUCCAGAGUUGGAGUGCCUGAAGAACCAAGAAUCCAGGCCUAGGCAAUUUCCAGCUGGAAAUAAGGGAUUUGCUGGAAAGUCGCUGUCCACUAGAGCAUUCAAUGGUGGUCAACAAGGCAAGUUCUCAUCGUGCCCCUUUUGCAAUGAAAAGCACCAUCUUGACGAGUGUCAAGAAUUCGCCAAGAAGCCUCAUCCACUUCGUAAGGCAUUCUUCUUCCAGAAGAAACUAUGCAUGGGAUGUGGCAGUGAUGACAGCCAUCAGGCCAAGGACUGUCCUCAGAGGAAAACAUGUGAGGAUUGUCAAGGAAGGCACCUCACAUGCCUGCAUCGUCCGCAGAACAGAGAAUAUGAAGGUUCCUCAAAGUGCACCAACGUCUGUUCCUUACCAGACCAGGACGGGAAGGAACACUGCAUGAUUGUGCCUGUGUGGGUACGGCAUGCUAGCAACCCAGGCAACGAGAUCUUACAAUACGCGAUCCUGGAUGACCAAUCCAACGUUGGAUUUGUGUCGAAAGCAUUGUGUGAGAAGAUGCGUGUAGAUGGAACAGAUACCAAUCUUCAAUUGACAACAAUGCACGAGAGUACGCGCAUCAAAACCUCAAGGAUCUGUGGACUUGAAGUGCUGGACUUCAAGAAGGAGCAUGUGGUCACCCUACCAGCAUGCUAUCAGAGGGACGACGUUCCAGCUAGGAGAUCUCAAAUUCCUAAGGGUGAUGUAAUGAGGAGGUGGGCUCAUCUGUCCCCCAUUGUCAACGACCUCAUGCCAUACAAUCCAGCAAUAGAAGUUGGACUUCUCAUCGGCAAUGACUGCCCGAGAGCCAUUAGACCCAGGGACAUCAUCUGCGGUGGAGAAGACGAACCCUACGCUCAGAGAUCCAUUCUGGGAUGGGGUGUCGUUGGGACUGUUUGCAUGUCUGCAAACCAGGAAAUCUUCUGCAAGAAGACAUGUGUCAAGGACGACUACCCUCGCUUUGCCUACGCCAAUCGGGCAAGGGAAGUAUUCUCCCAAGAAAGGGUUCUCAACGUGCAGGAGAAGGAUAUCAUCGAAAUGAAUCAGAAGGGAAAGCCCUAUUCUAUCGACGAGAUGAAGUUCAUGAGCAUGUUGGAGAAAGGAGUCAGGAAGACAGAGGAUGGACACUACGAGAUGCCCCUACCUCUGAAGUCCAAGGAGAUGUCCCGUCCGUACAACAAGCCCCUUGCCAUCAAGCGAUGGAAUCAAUUGACAGCCAGAUUAAGGAAGAACCAUAAGUUCCAGGAGGAUUACACCGAGUUCAUGAAGGGUGUGAUCGCUGAUCAUGCGGAAAGGGUGCCGCCAGAUAGACUAAAUGCUACGGUCAGUGUUCGUAUGUCCGAAAGGUCAAGAUACUGAUAGCAGACGGAACAUUGGACAAUGAGGGAAAGCGUAAACGCCCUCCCGUUGAACUUGAUAGACCUAUCCAGAAGUUGGUACUGUUGUAACCAGUUGAAAAGUGAUUUUGACUGUCACAAGUGAAGACCAGUGUAUAUUCCCCCUCAAGGAGCCUUUGAUAUUAAAUCGCGAACAAUGUUUUCAGCUCAUCCGAACAAUAAGCUAGGAUUAAAACGCGAGUUUCAUAAACAGUUAUGUUUUAUAGUAUUCACCUUUUAAUGUAUUGCAAUGUGAUAGAUGUUGCAGAUUUGUACUUAAUUUGUACAUGUGUAUUGAUUUUAAGUGUAUGUUUUGUUUUAAAGUGUAAAUGGACGAGCCAUUUAAAGGAGCCAUGUCACUACAGCAGUGUGUAGUGAGGAUUGUUACAAGAUUUCGUUAAAUAAGGUCUAUUAUUGAAGACUAGUUAAUUCAGUCUGAAUAUAUAGACUACCAAUGUCAAUGCAUUAGGCCUGUACUGCUGUUAUCUUAGGUCAACAGAAGCCCCUUGUCUUAUAUAACAGAAGCCCCCUUGUUUUAUAGUGCUAAAUGAAAGUACUUUGCAUACAAUGUAUGGGUAUACAUUCUGUGUUUAGGCACUUGUGUUGUAGAUGUAUCGCAUAUUAUGUGUAGAGGCAGUAUAUCAUCAGUGUUCAAGUGAAUGUCUCAACAGUGAAGUUGCUAGUUGCAACCGUCUUCAUAAGUUUGAUUUCCAGUGAUUGUGGAGCAUUUUACAGACCCGAAUUGGUAAGAACUCACUUAAUAUAAUAGUGGUAGUUAAUGUUGAAUUGUUUUAUGAAGUAAUGUAAGCUUAGGAGAGAAUAUUAGACAUCUUUCUUGUUUGUUAUAUAUAGUUUGGAACUUGAAGGGCAAGGAAAGUUAUGUGUGUGCUCUUCCAGUGUACUUAGGAGAUGCGUGCAUUGUACUGUACUCUCUCUCUCUCUCUCUCUUCUCUGUAUCGCUAUCCACCCCUCUCUGAUCUCACCCUUUCUCUCUCUCUCUCUCUCUCCCCCCUCUCUAUCCCUUUCUUCAGCUCUCCAUGCAUGUUUGUUACAGUGCCACUGAGAUGGUGGUGACUGCAUUAUAAUGUAUUAUAAUGUAUUUUAAGACAGGUACUUUCUUAUCUAGUAGGAUAUUAUUCUAUACUUGUAGUUGUUUUGUCGCAGCAUAUAUAUGUAAAUAGACUGCGUAAUUAGGUAAUUACAUACUUGCAAGUUGACUUCUAUUUUCAUUGUCUAGCCAAGGUUUAUAACUUGUUGCUUAUAAAACAAAGAGACAGUUUUGGAGUGCAUGUAGUCAGUUUAAGUUAUAUGUAGGUUCAAUUACUUUGUUAAGCUAUU